AAAUUUGUAAAGAAUAGAUAUGGCAGCUCCUAAUGUGAUGGAAUUCCAGGCUAAAAUUGAUAACGAAAUCAAAGAAAUGAAGAAGGUUCAGUCUGAAAUUCAGACCCUCGCCCAAGCCAAACAAGCCCUUGGUGAAAAGAAGCACGAGAAUGAACUUGUCAAGCAGGAAUUUGAACUUUUGGAAGAAGGCGCAGUUAUUUAUAAAUUAGUGGGUCCAAUUUUAUCCAAACAGGAUACUGCAGAAGCUAAGAAUAAUGUAGAUAAGAGGCUUGAGUUCCUUGAGAAGGAAAUCAAUAGAACAAACACUCUUUUGAAGGACUUUGAAAAGAAGAUGGAAGCCAAGAGAGUAUCUAUUAUGAAAAUCCAGGAAAGCUUUAAGGCCAAAAUGAUGCAAGCACAGCAGAUGCAACAAAAUUAG